AUGUCUCCCUGUCCUCCUGGCUGCUGUUGUCUUCACCCAGGGCUUCUGGUUCUGUGCGAGUCCCUGGGUCUCAGGUCACUCCCCCGCUCCGUCCCCCUCAGCACCUCAGCUCUGUCCGUGGCCAGGAACCAGCUCUGCAACGUGGACCACCUGCUCCGGCCUUUCUCCAGCCUCCAGGAGCUCAGUCUCAGUCACAACCUGUUGGCCCGCUUCCCUCGUGGCCUGCCUCCCAGUCUGGAGUCCCUGCUGCUGCAAGAGAACCGUAUCACUUACAUCACUGCAGGCGCCCUGAGGCAGCUCGGAAACCUCACCCGCCUGGAUCUGGAGGACAACAGAAUCCGUUCCAUCCAGCCCGGGGCGCUCCGGGGUCUCAGCAAGCUGCGGGUCCUGACGCUGAAAGGGAACGAGCUCACGAGCCUCCCCCUGAACCUCCCUCCAUCGCUCACCCACCUGGACCUCUCAGCCAACUGCAUAUCCACCCUGGACCUGCCCUCACUCUCUGUCCUGGUCAACCUGCAGGUCCUGAGGAUCAACAGCAACUGCCUGCGCUCAGUCCCAGAGAGUGCCUUUGACGGCCUGCCGCGUCUCAGAUCUGUGGACCUCGCCAACAACCUGUGGGUGUGCGAGUGUGACAUUCUGUAUCUUUACCGCUGGCUGCUGAGCGACAGGCUGAAGAUGGCCACAGACUUGGUGUGCACAGAGCCAGUGCACCUUGCUCACCGUCUGCUUCUGAACCUCUCUGUCGUGGCUAUCUGUCCCCGUGUCCUGACGCCAAAUGAGAAGCCGCGCAAAAGGGACCUUAACUCUGCACUGGAGAGGAAGCUGGAGACUCUGACAGUGAAAGCAACAGCACAAAGCUCAUUUGAAAACAAGGGGAAUUUAGGAGACUUGCCAGAGCGAAUAUCAACAGAAACAACAGCUGCACUCUUUUCCAAAGAUGUUCCCAAGACGCGUGUGUUAAUUGAACACUACACUUUAGAGACCCUCACCUAUCAGGAGUGUUUAUCCUUAAAUGAAACACAAUCUGUGAGCCCAGUCCAUUUAAAAACUACUACUCCCCUUCCUAGUGAGGAACAGAAAUGCAGAGACAACGUGACAAGCCGUUACCCUCAGGGCAACGCAACCUCUGCUGAAGGGACAUGGUCUUUGCUUCCUACAAACAGGGACGCACCCUGGCCAACUCCCAACCCACGACCGUUCGCACAACAAGACUCUGCAAUGGUCGUCCCUCUGCUCGCCGUGUUAUGUGUAUUAGUAGUCCUCCUAACACUGGCAGUGCUGCUCGUACUGAAACAGGUACUCCUGCGGCGACAGAGGGUGGCUCCGCUUGGUGCAGGGUCUGGUGGAUGA